AGGUUAUUUGAGUCAAUUACUGUUUUUUUAUCCACGUUGAAUUGAAUUCCUGUGAGGCAUAUUUUAGUUUAACCUUGUUAUCGUGGUUCCUUGCAACAUCACCAUUGCGGCGGGUUCCUGUGUUAUCUUCCCCAAACAAUCACCGUUUUCAAGAUCGAAGCCACAAAUUUGGAACCCUAGCUUCUCAAAUUUUUAAGAGAAAAGUAUAAAAGAGGCUCAAUCAGAACCUUGAGAUUCCUUCUUUCCAGGACCCAGCUAUCAUAUUUGUCAGUGUUGACAUAAUAAACUGAUAAAUUCAAGUUAAAACUUCGUCAGUCUUAUUGUUGCCCUAACCUAGCAAGUUGCAACUCUUAGCCAAAAUGGUAUCUGGGUUAAUCAAUGCGAAUCCUAUCAUAUAUGAAAAGAAAGAGCGUCGAACUCGGACUGCUCCAACUGCUAUCCAAGAUGAGUAUGCUGUUGAACCAAUUGACCAACAAGAGAUUUUUGAUCAUAUAAGAGAUAUAAAGGACCCUGAGCACCCAUACUCCUUAGAAGAGCUUAAGGUGAUCACGGAGGAAGCUGUUGAAGUUGAUGACCAGCGAAAUUAUGUUAGGAUUACAUUUACUCCAACAGUGGAACAUUGUAGUAUGGCAACAAUUAUAGGUCUAUGCUUACGUGUCAAGCUCAUGAGAAGCUUGCCUUCACGAUAUAAGGUGGAUAUCAGAGUAGCACCUGGAUCUCAUGCAACUGAAGCUGCAGUUAACAAACAAUUAAAUGAUAAAGAACGCGUAGCAGCUGCACUGGAAAACCCAAACCUUCUGGAUAUGGUUGAUGAAUGCCUUGCUCCGUCUUACUACUGAUCCAGCUUUUCUCUCUCAAACGAAUAAACGAGACUGUAGGUUCUUUUCUACCUAUAGGAGAAGUUGGCCAGUUUUAUCUUUAUGUAUGAUAUUUUUUGUUGGUGGUAUAUUUGACCUUGAAUAUAUUGGAAUACGUAGUUGAAAAUGUUAUAGAAUGAAGUACCAAAGUUCUUUGUUCAUUAGCUCUAGAAAAAAAAAAAGGAAAUUCUUUCCAUGUUUUGGAGGUGUCAGCUCAUGUUUCAUAAAUUGUAUUAUCUAUUCCAUGUUUGAUUGAA